AUGAAAUGUGAAGCAGCAAAAGUCUCCGUACUAUCAUUUAGAUGGAAAGGAAAUAGACCAGAGCCUUGUUAUGUAAGAUGUUACCAACCACAAAAAAGACAAGCCAAGACGAGGGACUGGUUUCAACAUGAAACACGAAUUACCGUAAAGAUUCCCUCGACUUUAAAUGUUGUUUACGUUAAACCCACGCGAUUGCGUAAAAUGUUCAAUAAGAACUUGCCAUUCUUAUGCUCGUAUACCAGUGAUGUAACAUUAAGCUCUGUUCACAGAGCUUUGAAAGAAGAAGAUUCUUCUCUUAAGUGCUUAUUUGAAACCGCAAGACUCAAGGCUAUGAAAACACCGCCCACAAACAAAGAAACAACAAAUUUUUCCAACCCAUGGUUCAGUGAAAAAGUACACGCAAGAAUGAAUCCCUUGAGGGCGAUUAGACAUAAAAAAACAUUUUCAUUGCAAAAACAAGAAGAAAAGACAAACAAUAUGAAUCGUCAUAUAAUAAUGACGAUGAUGAUCAGGAAAUAUACAACAUGUAAGAAGAUUGAAGUAUCUAAAAAAGCUUUAAAACUUGACCUUUGA